UCAUCGCGUUCUUUACUUUGGUGUGUUUUACACUGGGCGUGCGGACGUUGUGUAAAAUCGCCACGAUGCGGCUCUAACAACAAUUAUUGUUUUCUUUUAUACUCAUUGUUAGGGUCUUGCAACGUAUUUCUCUCACAGCAUACAGGGGAAAGACCGUUAAGUGCCUCCGGAAACCAAACAAUCUUAUAUUUCACACGAAAGGCUAGCUCAUAGGCUACUAGCUAACGCCUAACGUUAGCUAUGGAGGAGAGGAAAGAGGAGGGAGAAGCGGAGAUCCAAGAGCACGGCCCCGAGCACUGGUUCUCCAAAUGGGAACGGCAGUGCUUAGCAGAGGCCGAACAGAAUGAUCCAAAUGAGGAGGAGACGGAACAAAGUCAACAGAAGCUGUGGCACCUGUUUCAAAACUCAGCCACCGCGGUAGCACAGCUCUACAAAGAUAGAGUGUGCCAGCAGCAAGGCCUCUCUCUCUGGGUGCCCUUCCAGAAUGCAGCCACAGCUGUCACUAACUUGUAUAAAGAGAGUAUGGAGGCCCGUCAGCGGAGCUAUGACCUGGGCAUCCACUUAGGCUACCAGCGCAGAAAUAAGGAAGUGAUUGCAUGGGUGAAGAAACGCAGAAGAACUAUCAGGCGAGAGGACCUCAUCAGCUUCCUGUGUGGCAAAGUUCCACCUCCAAGGACAGCGCGUGCCCCGCCUAGAGUUGCCAUGGUGUCUUCAAGCCGACCAUCACCCCCAGAGACAGGCAGCUCCGUGGAGACUGACCUGCAGCCCUUCAGAGAGGCAAUCGCACUGCACGGCCUUAGUGGUGCCAUGGCAAGCAUUUCUGUGCGGUCUGGUCCUCCCGGUUCCCCAACUCACCCCGCCCAGUCCCUCAGUCGUCGUAGGAAUGGUCUUCACGACGUGGACCUCAACACCUUCAUCGCUGAGGAGAUGGCACUCCAUUUGGAUUCCACAGCCAAUCGUAAACGAGGUCCUGCUCCCUGUAGUGAUGUCAUCACAGACUCGCCCACUCAUAAACGUAACAGGAUGCUCUGAACUUUUCCUACAUCACUAAUCCCUCCUCUGUCCUCUCCUCGGUGGCUGACUGGACAUCUGAGGACUGAUGCCUUGGCCAAGCAUUGAAAUCUUCCUCCUAUUCAUCUUAGUUGCAAUGCUAAAAAAUAAAGAAAAACGUAACUAUUACCAACCCACAUAGUUCUCCCCUUCUUGAUUUUUCUUUCACACAUCCUCCCUCACCCCCCACCCUAACACCAGUUGUUUCGCACAUCCUUUCCAUGUUAAAUUUCUGUUUUCCUCAUUAGUUUUUUCUUUCCUGUUUUAUGUUUGUUUGGCCUCAGUACACCUGAUACUGAAGUGAGCACAUGUCACACUUGAACUCCUUAAAUUGCAGUGUGUUGCUUUUAGACAUUGUUUGUUGGCCGGGCCCCUUUGUACUUCACAUCCAGUAAUCAGAUGAACCGGGCUGUUGCCUACUGUUUGCUGUUCUCCUCCCCUCAUUCCUAAAACGUACUUCUUCCUCCUCCUCCUCCUCCUCUUCCUCUGUGGAGUACUGGCCAAACCAGACUGGACUGAAACUAUGGCUCCUCGGGAGGCUGAACUGCCUCCCUGCUGUGUGGCUCCACUCAAAACGCUUGUCAGCGUGUGUAUCUCAUUCAGCUGCUGCUCUGUGUGUUUGCGUAUCUGACAGCAGAACUGCCACUUACUGUGUUGUACUUGUCUUUGCCUUUGAGAAAGCUGCUACAGUAUCUCUGGUUGUUGUGCAACUGUGUGUGUGUAUGAGUGUAUGACUGUGUGUGUGAGUGUGUAUGACUGUCUGUGUGUGUGCUUCUGGAUGCAGGGUUCUGGCAUAUUCAGCACCCACUUGACCCAAUUAUUUCAUAUUUUACUUCAAUUCAUCCUAUUUUUUUCUUUAGUUGCUCUUUGCAGCCCAAAUCAGGGUUUUAUCACAAAGCAGGUCAGUCCAAUUUAAACAGAUAAUGGUGGCUAUCGUUACUGUCAGAGUUAGCUAACACUUAGAGUAGUGGGAUGGCAGGAAGUGGAAAAGCAAGAUGUAUUUUCAACAAAACUUUCUUUGCUGAAGUGCCAUUAUCCUGAAUUUUAUUUAAGUUUACAAAAAUCUAAUUAUGCACAGUUUCCCUGUCAACGGCAAAACACAUUUGAGUGAGUACCGAUUUUUGCAUUUUUGCAUUAAGAGCAGUACCAGUGGUUCAGAGCUUGCAUUAUACCUAUUUUAUGUUUACAGUUGUCCCAUCGAUAGGAACAUCAGCUGGUGCAUGGUCAUCAUCUUGUCUCUUGAACUUCAGAAAGAGUUACAACACUUUCACACUUGUGAUUUCAGCUUUAAACUUAAAAAAAUUCAGGGGGCAGUUGCCUGUUAACUAGUGGGGGCCAAUGGCUGUGAUCGUUUUAUUAUGUCCAGCCAAUUCAUGGACUAUUGGGUGUGAUGGUUCAAUAAGGCUUGGGGCACUUGUUUUUGCUAGUUUCAAACACUGCUUUGUGAUACAAUCUUGUGUAAUGUGUGUAAAUAACAUGUAGGUGCUGUUAUAUGUGGUACAUAUUGUAAAAAGAAGUGCAAAUCCAUUGGGAUGUCCAUGUACAAUAAUAAUUCUGACAUUAAAGAAAAUACAGGCGUUUAA